AUGUUGGCAAAAACUUUUCUUCUCUUGUUGCUUCUUCCCUAUGUAAUUUCUACGCAACCAAUUGAACUAACAGAUAAGACAUGGAAGAACAUGGUAACUGGUGAAUGGAUGGUAGAAUUCUAUGCAACAUGGUGUUCAGCUUGUCAACAUUUUAAACCAAUAUGGAGCGAUUUUUCUAAUGCCGUGUCAUCGAAAAACGUUAAAGUGGCUGCUGUUGACAUUGAGCAAUAUCCUUCACUUUCGGGGCGUUUUCAUGUUUCAUCCUUACCUACUAUUUAUUACGUACGAGACGGUGCUUUUCGUGUGUAUGAUGGUGAACGUUCCUUAAAUGCUUUAAAAAAUUAUAUUGCACAUGAAGAUUGGAAAAAAACAGAACCAAUGUCACCAUAUUCUGCUCCAGAUAGUUUUUUAAUGUCAUUGAAUAGCGUAGCUUUCGAUUUAUCUGAAAUACUUAGGAGUGCUUAUACAUUAUUGCAUGAGCAAUAUGGAUGGCCAACAUGGCUUAUCUAUAUUCUCCUUGGUAUUGCUAUUAUUCUCGUUGGAGCUCUCAUUGGAUUUGUUACAGUUGUGAUUGUUGAUAGCGUUAUGGCUGUUAUAUCUAAGAUUUUUAGCAGGGCUGACGGGAAAAAUAAAAAAGGAUUAGUUGAAAUCGAUGCAGAAAAACUAUUAAAAUCAAAAAAACAAGAAAAUUCAACAGAUACUUCACCAACAGCACAACAAACAAAAGAUGAAAAGGAAUCGUCCGAAUCGGAUGAAAGUGAUGGUUCAGAUGAUAAAUUAAAUACUUCUGAUGUCGUACAAGAAAAAGAUGAACAAGAGGAACAAACAACAACUGAUCAGACAGUUCGUCAACGUCGAUUAGAAAAAUAA